AUGGAGACAGACGAUAUCGUUGAGGUCUGGAAACAUAUCCCGUAUAAGGACACACUGAGCUACUACGGCGUUGGUGCCGGAAUUCAAAGCCCAGAAGCAGUUGUUUUUAACCAGGUGAUUUUGAAAUGCCUUGAUGAUGUCAAACCGGAAGCGGCUGCAGUGAAGAUACCGAGAAAGACGCCUAUUCCAGCCAAACCACAAAAAAACCAGACGCAUGGAACAAAUCCUUGGGGAGCCUUGGUCUUAAAUCGUCAGUUGUUGAGUUCGAAAAUUAAUCAAAUGCCCGUAGUGCAAAGAAAGGUAUAUCCAAUGAAUGUAGGCUUCUGGCUACACGGUCCCAGGCCAACUAUGCCCGAGUACCCGUUUCUUGAGAGCCAACCCAAGGUACCUCUUACAAGCGCCCUUGACAUGGAACAACCAGCUCCGAAGCGCAAACACGGUCUCAGGCGCAAGCAUAUGUACUGUGAAUUCCCAUGUAAUAUCGAAGAGAAUAUGUGCACGGAUUACGAAUGGCAGAAAUAUAAAGAAGAUCCUAAGCCAUAUGAAGUGGCCUUUGAGAACGAGAUGGCACAGGUGGAAGAAGAAAAAAUAUUCGAGCCGAGGAACUACGACGAAUUAUACUCGGAACUUCUCACCUGCUUUGAGCAAGACACCAACGCAGACUCUAUCCGUGAUCUUUACAAUAAGUGCUGUAAGGGAAUCUCGGAGCAUGGCCAAGAUGAUCUUGAGGGUGGUCCUCAUGGUGGAGGUAAUCGAGGACGUAGACAUGAAGAUGAAGAUGCUGGCGAAGGUUCCGAUUUUGGUUCAGAUGGGAAAACGGCUGGUGAAAACGAAGGAAAAAGGAAAGGUAAAGGUGAACGAAAAGGAAAAGAUAAGGGUGAACGGGGUGGUAAAAGUAAAGCAGGAGGCAAGGGUGGAGCGGGUGAGAAGGGAAUAAAGGAACAUGUACCUAGGCAGAAUUUAAUGGUACCUGACGGAGAAGGUUCAAUGCCUGAUGGCGCAGAAAAUAAAUUGUUCGAGAAAAUAGAUGGUGGAUCAGAUUCAUCACUUUUGCGCAAGGAAAAGGUACCAAAAAUUGAAAAACAACGUAAAAAAACAAACCGAAGAAAUUCUCGUGGGCUAACCAAAAAACCGUAUGCUGGUAAAAAAAAAAGUUGCACCAGAGUUAGCAAAACCGAGGUGCCAAAAGAAUGUCCCUGUGAAAUUUGCAAGCUUAUGAACCGUCAAGAUGAGCCGGACACCCCAUUCAUUCGUCAAAUGAAGCAGGAAGAGAAACGUCGCCAGAACCGGGAUUACUACAAACAGAUGUGCCAUCGCGAAUAUCUCAAGUGGCGGAAGCCCGAGUACCACGCUCCCCAGCACAAGUCCGAUGGGAUUGUUUGCGACAAUAACUUCUGUCAGAACCCCAAGUUAGGGGAGUACUGCGAGUGCUUGGAUGCCAUGCAGAAGCUGCAAAAGUUGCUUGGGCCCAAACAUCGCAUUGUGAAGAAUGAGCUGAUGUUCAAUGUAGAGGAUCUGAAGCGUCGUAUAUGUAGGCAUUUAUGCGAUUGUCUUAAGUAA